AGGGUAAUGAUGUUGCAAAGCUUUUUAAUAUUCCUUCACACAACCAUGGUUCCCUGUAUUCAGUCACCUUUAUUUUCUUGUGGCAGGCUACAUUAAGAUAUAUCAAGGUUGGAGACCAAAGUUGAGAGGCUAAAGUCGGUAGUACAAGUUAAAGAUAGGGAGAUUGCAACAGUUACACGAAUAGAAGCCAAAGGUAAGGCUGCUUUUAAAGCUCAAAUUGACAAGCUACAGUAGGAAAAUGUUGAACUCCAGAGAAGGGUUAUUGGCAAUCAGCAAGUAAGAACUCAACAAAUACAUGAGAUGAAGAAGAAAGAAAAGGAGUACAUCAAAUUGCAGGUGAGAACCUACAGGGUAUAGGAAUACCUACAGGAAAGCUGGAUAUGUAUGUUGCUGCUGCUGGCAUAAACCCUCAAAGAUGAAAGAGGCACUAUCAGCAUUGACAUGUACAUGUGAUUUUAGGCAUGAACCAGGAGAGUGAGAGUUUUAGUGUGCCGUGUUUAGAAUUUGCCGAUAUCUUUUUCCCGUUCCAGCAAGUAUUCCUGAUUGUGGGGGAUUUAUUGGAGUUGAGGAGUCCCACAAUCUUUAUGUUCUGUUUGUUUUUCCAUCACUUUUUCAAGGCUGUUCAAUUGGAGUUCCAUCUUCAGGUUGACGUGAUUGUCUUGACAGAUGGAAGUCGUAUUCUUGGCCUCGGUGACCUUGGAGUUCAGGGAAUAGGAAUACCUAGAUUGGAGGGAGAAGAGUAUCUAUCUAUUGUUGAUGAAUUUAUGGAAGUCGUGGAUACAUGUUGGCCUAAAGCUAUUGUUCAGUUUGAGGACUUUCAAAUGAAAUGGGCUUUUGAAACAUUACAACGUUAUCGUAAGAGGUUCUGCAUGUUCAACGAUGACAUACAAGUGAGUAGUUCAUGUUGUAUUCAUGCAGUUGAUAAUUACUUAAAAGGACAUUCAUUUUCGUUUAUUUCAUUUCAUAAAGGGAACUGCUGGUGUUGCUCUCGCUGGACUAUUGGGAAAUGUGAGAGGCUCAAGGGCAGCCAUUGA